CCCUUCCGGAUCUGCCGCUUCUUUCGCUUGUCUUGCCUUGCGGUCGCCCUGAGACAAACCACGGCGCCGACCGCCCGCGUUCCCAACCACAACACCUUCACGCUCUUCCGCCGCCCUCUCUUCCCUCAGCACCAUGGCCGCUCCCAACCCCAACCGCUCGCGCUCAUUUAGCAUCAUGGCCGCGGCGCAGCAGGAUCAUCUUGACGUCGGUGGCCGCAUCAACUGGCUCGCCUCGCUCAACACGGCGUACAGCCCCGAGCACAACUACCGCCGCUCCUCCAUCAUCUGCACCAUCGGGCCCAAGACCAACUCGGUCGAGGCUAUCAACCGCCUCCGCGAUGCCGGCCUUAACGUUGUCCGCAUGAACUUUUCCCACGGCUCGUAUGAGUACCACCAGUCCGUCAUCGACAAUGCCCGCAAGGCCGUCGACACCCACCCUGGCCGCCCCGUUGCCAUUGCUCUCGACACCAAGGGCCCCGAGAUCCGCACUGGUAACACCAAGAACGACGAGGAUAUCCCCAUCGCCGUUGGCAAAGUCCUCAACAUCACCACCGACGACAAGUAUGCCACGUCGUGCGACACUGACAACAUGUGAGUCUAGUCCCCUUUGCUCUUCCCGGCAGCUCCUCUGCCCGACGCGCAGACCAGGGUCGCUGACCAUCCAACUCGGCAGGUACGUCGACUACAAGAACAUCACAAAGGUGAUCCAGCCUGGUCGCAUUAUCUACGUCGAUGAUGGCGUCCUCGCCUUCGAUGUGCUCGCCAUCAAGGACGAAAAGACCAUUGAGGUUCGUGCCCGCAACAACGGCUUCAUUUCCUCCCGGAAGGGUGUCAAUCUGCCCAACACCGACGUCGAUCUGCCUGCCCUCUCCGAGAAGGACAAGGCCGACCUCAAGUUCGGUGUUAAGAACAAUGUCGACAUGGUCUUCGCCUCCUUCAUCCGUCGUGCCCAGGACAUCAAGGACAUCCGCGCCGUUCUCGGCGAGGAGGGCAAGCAGAUCCAGAUUAUUGCCAAGAUCGAGAACCGCCAGGGUCUCAACAACUUCAAGGAGAUCCUCGACGAGACCGAUGGCGUCAUGGUUGCCCGUGGCGACCUGGGCAUCGAGAUCCCCGCCGCCGAGGUGUUCGCCGCACAGAAGAAGCUCAUUGCCAUGUGCAACAUUGCCGGCAAGCCCGUCAUUUGCGCCACGCAGAUGCUCGAGUCCAUGAUUAAGAACCCUCGUCCGACCCGCGCUGAGAUCAGCGAUGUCGGCAACGCCAUCACCGACGGCGCUGACUGCGUGAUGCUUUCGGGCGAGACGGCCAAGGGCAACUACCCCGUCGAGGCCGUGCGCGAGAUGCACGAGGCCUGCCUCAAGGCCGAGAACUCCAUCCCCUACGUUUCCCACUUUGAGGAGAUGUGCACUCUUGUGAAGCGCCCCGUUCAGACUGUAGAGUCGUGCGCCAUGGCUGCGGUUCGCGCCUCGCUUGACCUCGGCGCCGGCGGCAUCAUCGUGCUGUCCACCUCUGGCGAGUCGGCGCGGCUGCUCUCCAAGUACCGCCCGGUGUGCCCCAUCUUCAUGGUGACGCGCAACGCCACGACGUCGCGCUUCAGCCACCUGUUCCGAGGCGUCUACCCGUUCCUGUUUCCCGAGGCCAAGCCCGACUUCGAAAAGGUAAACUGGCAGGAGGAUGUCGACAGGCGCAUCAAGUGGGCCGUCAACCAUGCCCUUGAGCUUGGCACCCUCACCAUUGGUGAUACCGUUGUCGUGGUCCAGGGAUGGAAGGGCGGCAUGGGCAACACCAACACGCUUCGCAUUGUCCGGGCAGACCCCGAACACCUGGGCAUCGGCCAGCUGUGAGAUGGUUACGACUGUUGGUAAGCUUUCACUGAUGCUGCCGCUUGAGCAUGGUGUCGCCUGGUCGUUGGGACUCAAGGAGACGUCGGUUGUCAUAGAGGCUGGGUUGCUACAUAUUUACGAUACGAGGACCGGCACAGCGGGUUUAGAAUGGCCACGGGCUUGGCUACAGUAUGAGUGCGUACGAAUUGGUAGCCCGGCAAAAAAAAAGAGGAAAAGAUUGAUUCAAGCAUGAGACAAACCAGUGCUACGGGGCCGUUGAAGUGGACAGGGGCUGACAUCCAUCAGCCACGCGAUUGAUAUUGGCAACUUUCAGCAGGUCUACUAUCGUGUCGGUCGGGGCUCCAACCCCCCAAGCCAUGCCUAGAGGUUCUUGAUUUCAAAUUUGUGGCGCAAGUACUCGCCGUAGCGUAUGAAUAGCCAUGGGGCAGGCAACAUGAGCAUGGCGAUGAAGCCCAGAAGCGAAUUGCCCCAGCCGAGGCCGAGGCGGUCGUACAUGGGGAGGCCCGCAAGGGGCAGCACGGCGCCGGCCACGGAGCGGACGACGGCGUUGGCAGCAAGGGCGGAGGCCGCGUAGAGGGUGAAGGAGUCGACGAGGUACAUCUGGAGGCUCAUGAAGAUGACGAGGUUGCCUACGCCGAUGACGGCGGUGCCGAUGAUGGGGGCGAUCCAGUGGACAUGGUGCUCGGCCGUCCAGCCAUAGAUGAAGAGGCCGGCGGGGAGGAGGAAGGCGCCGAUCUUGAGCGGCGGGAGACGGUAUUCGGGCUUGAUACCUGGCUCACGAAGUUGGCUCGCGGUACCUGCCGGCGGCGUAGUGACUGCAACUGCAGCGCUCCGUGUCUCGUCCGUUGCUGGAGUGGGCGCAGCAGUGGUGGUGGUGGUGGCGGCGGCGGCGGCGGCGGCGGCGGCUACUGCAGCAGCAUCACGAGCGGCCCUCUUCUUCAUAUACGCAUCACUCGAGACGGAAAAGUAGGCAACACCCAGGAGGCUGCCGACACCGAGUCCGAGGAAGACGAGGCCGGCAUGAACCGUGUUGAAGCCGUAGAUGCGCAUGAAGAGUGGGGUGAGACUCGUGAACAUGAGGUAGAGGUAGGCGUAGGCGAUGCCGACGUAGAUGUUGCAGAUGAUGCAGACUGGGGACAGGGCGAGCAUCUUGAAGGGGCGGAGGAUGCCGCGCCUGAAGUAGUCGGCGGGCGAGAGGCCCGGGUCGAGCUUGGACCGCAGCCGCGGGUUGCCCGUCUCCUUGCGCAGGCGGGCGGCGUGCCGCUCGAGGAUGACGGGGGCGUACGUCUCGCGCCCAAAGGCGAGGAAGACGAGGGCGAGGACGGUGGCGAUGAUGGCAAUGAUCCAAAAGACCCAACGCCAGCCGAGAGCGUCGGCGACAACGCCGCCCACGACGGGGCCGAUGAUGGGGCCAAGCAAGGGGCCGAUGGCGAAGCUGGCCAUGGCCGCGCCGCGCUUCUCCUGGACGAUCAUGUCGGCGAUGGUGCCGCCGCCGUUGGUAAUGGGCGCUGACCCGAAGACGCCCGACAGGAAGCGGAAGGCGAUGAGGGCGGACAGCGACGGUGCCUUGGCGCAGGCGAUGAGGAAGGCUGUGAGGACACACGUCAGUCAGUGGUGUUUGAUUCUCUUGGCUCGCUUUUCGCUUGUAGCAGCAGCAGCAGGAGCAGCAGCAAACG